AUGGAUCUGCCAGUGGUCCUGGAGAGAGGCAAGCCCAACCCUCAAGCUUCCAACCCCGAGUGUAAUGAUAAGCUUGUAAAGGUAUUUACUCGGGAGGAAUGGGUUCAGCUUAAUAAUCGCAUACAUGCAAGCGAGAUUAGUGCAGCCAAAUUAAGAAUGGAUACUGAGGCCCGCGAAAAUGUCAGAAACAGGUCUUUUGAGAUUCACAAGGACUGGACAAACACCAUUUUGGGUGCACGAAAGAAGAAGUUGCAUGAACGAGAGGAGCGUUUGAAGAAGGAGGAAGAAGAAAGAGUGGCCGUGGACCUUGAAUGGGCUAAAGAGCAGGCCAAGGACCGCCUCAAAAAGCUUUGCAUUGCUCGCACCGCCCAGUUAUAUGAUACGUCUCGCUUAAAGAAAUUCCAUGCAGCUUUAAGAUUGGGCGAUGCUUUGAAGGAGAAUGAUCUUCAACUCCAAUUAAAGGAACUGAAACGGGAGGCUGAAUCCAAGAAGCGUGAAAUGGAAUAUCGGGCCAUGAUUGAUGCAAUUACAGCGGCUGAGAAGAAAGAGGAAAAAGAGAUGAGGGAAAAAAAGGCCGCCGAACGACUAGUUCACGAAUUCCAACGUUCACAAAUUGAGGAACGUCAUCAACAAGAAGAGAAGGAGAAGUUGGCGUUGAAGGAGGAGGGUGAAAUGAUCCGAAGCCUGUCAAGGGAGGCGGAAAGAACGAAAUCGCGGAUGCGCGAGGAAAAACGGCAGGAGCAGAAAAUGACGACUAGAGACUUACUUGAGGAAAUAGAGAACCGAAAAAAGAUGCGACUGGUAGAGAGUAUCAGGGAUAAGGAAGAAGACGAAAAAAAUCUCAUCUACGCAGUUGCUAAGCGCCAAAUGUGUUUGAUGCAAAUGGAGAAGGAAGAAGCAGCAGCAGCGUGA